UUUUCACUGCCCGGAUAAGCUCUAUGGCCGGCCUAGCUCACAGAAAGCUCUGGCUUCAUUGCUGUAGGAGUUCCGUUUAUUACAACAUUGAGUGGUGAAUUAUUGUAUUAUCGUCAGUUAUCAACCAUUGCCCGACUAUUUUUUGGAUAAAAUGUUCGUCACAAAUGUUUUGCUUAAACGGGUUAAAAGCAAAUUAAUCAUGGUACGGAUGGAAAGUUUAGUCAGCGGUCACCAAUAUAAUACAAUACGAGAAAGGCUCGGAGAUAAACUGGAAAAGAUACGUUUUGAUCCAUGGAUUCAACAAAACGCUUUCUACCGGGAAUUGAAGAAGAUACGGAGUGUGUGAACAUUUUUUGGAGUAACUGUUUCUCUGCUGUCUUAAAAAAUUGUAGAAUAAUAGCUUGAUUAAAAUUUAUAUCAUCUGUAAAACUUUCA